AUGUCCAAUUUUCGACAAGAAAAGCGUCGUGUAGGAUUCAUGGGCUAUCGCCCUCGCGAUAUCCAACUUGCAGUCAGCCGGGCGGCUCAGAAGCACUGCUGCGUCUGUGGGGAGACUGGGGCCACCAUCAUGUGCUGUCAGGAAGACUGCGACAGAUGGUUCCACCUGCCCUGUGCCAAGGAGGGUCACUGUGUGACUGAAUACAUAACCCCAUACAGCUCCUACUGCCCUGAGCACUGCCCAGAACAGGAUGUGAGGGCGAUUCCGGAGCCAGGCACCGAAUGCCCCAUCUGCAUGGAGCCUGUGGAGGAGAGAAAGAGCUACACAACACUGGUGUGCCCAGCGUGCAAAAAGGCCUGGUUCCACAGGGACUGCAUCCAGGGACAGGCCUUGCGCGCUGGUGCAUUGUACUUCCAGUGCCCCCUCUGCAGAGACGAUGAUGAGUUUGCUGUCCAAAUGUUCCUCAUGGGGAUCCGAAUCCCCUUCAGACAGCCAACAUGGGAGGACAACGAUGCCUUUGCAGAAUUAGGAGAGAGGCACAGCUGGUGCAAUGCCAGGAAGUGCCUUUAUCCAGGAGGCAGGGAGGAGGCAGAGGAAGAGGGGCCCUGGGAACUGCUCCUGUGCUCCUCCUGUGCUGCUGAGGGCACCCACAGGCGCUGCUCUGGCCUCACAAGCAACACUCCCAGCUGGGAGUGCGACAGCUGUGCUGGUCUGGGCACAGCCCCCAGGGAUGAGCCUGAGCUCAAUGCCCCCAGGGAUGAGCCUGAGCUCAAUGCCCCCAGGGAUGAGCCGGAGCUCAAUGUCCCCAGCCUGGCCGGACAAGACCAGCAAACGCAGCAGCGUCCAACAUGCACCAAUGAGGCAGCUGCUGCAAUCUUCCUCGCUGGAGAGCAGCAGCCCCUGCACGGAGAGUGA